UCGCGAACAAAACGGCGCCGGAUGUCAUAAUGAGUUAUACUUCUUGAAGGGCUCAACACUGUUGAUAAACUAUAAUUUACGAUAAAUCAUGGCAGCCUUUAAGGGUGUCCAGAAUAGAACUCCAAGGUUUCGCGUCCCCAUGUCUUUCAGCGUGCUUCUCACGUACACGUGCGAUGUCUUUUCUUUUUCAACGGUACCAUGAACGAACGGCGCGAGACCGACCUGAUCGUGUCGGGCAGCAAUCUGUCAAGCGAUGACGAUGUUGGCCUUUCGUGCAUCGUCACCAGGACCAGCGGGGGAGGAAUCGCAGUGGCCGACUGUGCUAGCCAGACCAGCAAGCGUGCACUCAGAUCCACAGGGCAAGCACCUGUCCAAAGAAUCCCGCCCUGUAGACGACCAAGGGCCUGGAGGGCCCGUGUCGGAGGGCGCCCCCCUGUCGGCGCUGAAACACCUCGACCAUGUUCUCCACUCGUUCGCUGGACUCGAGCAUCACCUCUUGGGGCAGGUUGUCCUACGCCACAAGGUCGACUACGGUGUGCAAGAGGAGGCGAUCAUUGUGGCCGUGACCUGCCCGUUCGACAACCGGCCCGCAGGCCUGAACGCGGCCCGCCAGGUGAAAAAAGAGAAGUACCAGCCUGCCCGGGAGUACCUGCUGCGAAAAUUCCAGAAAGUGUCCGUGGCGACGAUUGUCGUUGGAGCGAUUGGAUCCUGGGAACCCAGCAACGACCGCGUGAUGCACCGCUUCUGCAGCAGGAAGUAUCUGCGGCUCUUGAAAAACCUCGCAGUCAGUGAGACCAUCGCAGCCUGUCGGGUUCUCGCAAUGUCUACGCAGUGCACAUUACCGCCAAGUGAAUAAACUUACCUAGGCAGUCACACACUACACUGACACACACUUUUAUGCCAGCCCAAAAGCUUCAAACAAUAUUCAACACGCACCUUCAUGCCUGCUCAAAAACGACUUCUUGAGCAGGUGCACCAAAACUCACGACUUGUGUCAUUUAUUAAGUCUUUUAAAGAGAAAGCUUUACCAAACUAUUCAAGCCAGGCUUCGCCGUCGCCAGCAAUUUGACCUUUAUUUGACCGCAGCUGCCCCAUAGCCUUGGCAACGCAUCACGUCUCGUCGUCGGCAAGGGGCGUCUGACCACGCCGCGAGUAUCGCCCGGCGGCAUAUACUGAAAUUCUAGAAGGCACAGCGCCUUAGCAACCGCGGUUGAACGACAUUGGCGGCAACGCUGCCGACGACGCUCGAUGCCCUUUGCAACCGCUGUGAGAAUACGCCGCGCCACCUAAAGCCUUUUACGCUAACCUACACUAACCUAUCCUAACCUAAGCUAACCUAACCUUAACCUAACCUAUCGUUGGAGCCACGCAAAGGCAAUAAUCCUCACGGUGGGUCAUCAGAGCGUCGCCGACGGCGUUUCAGCCUAUGGCGUUCAACCGCGGUUGCUAUUAAGGCACUGUGCCUUCUAGAUUUUCAAUAUACGCCGGUCGGCGAGCUGCUUCACUGGAGAGAGUCCGGAAUGCCAAGCGCGCGAAGGAUAGCGUCCGAGACUGAGGAAGAGCGAGCCGUUCGGCUCUCAAAACGCUUGGACUUGUCGGCUUAUAAAUUAUACCUGGCUUAACGAUGCGUACAUACCUAAGUAUAAUAAUUACACCUAAACCAAAGGUUAACUAUGUGAAACCAUGACUUAACAAGGCUAAACCAAGCUUUCGCUUUGCAUAUACAGAGUUAGCUGAGCUGAGUCGCAGCCUUUUUUUUUUUUAAUUCCAACAAGCAUAUUUCUAUAAAUGUAGGUUCUUACUCUUGUGCCUGGGACCUCUUUGGGUCCCAUGUGUGACAAGGGUAGUUCAAGGCCGCGUUACAGGUACCGCAGCACACCACGCCAUUGCCAUUGCGCUUGGACCCUUUCUGGACUAUCACCAUGAUCGGCCCACAUUUUUGUUAACGCACAACAAAAAUGCACGGAACCCUAGCCACACUCUGCUUAGCUGUAAGAACAUGACUUCGGGCUCCGUUUGAGAGUUCCCUGCGCCGCUCACGAAUGCAUAAUUUGGCUAAGAUAUUCAUAAAGGCGUAUGACUAUUCACGUACUGUUUCUUUACUUUUUUCACCAAGCCACUAAGGUGGUUCAGGACCCUUUUAACCAUGUAAUGCACCUAACGCACCUUUUUUACAUUGCGCCGUUGUAGUCUUCGAAAUAUUAGUUUGUUUACUUAAAACCGAAAUAGCAAUAUUACACUGCAGCCUAGAGUCAGUGACUGGAUUCCUAAGCUAUUCACAACUUACUAUAAACGUGGACAAAUACUGUGAGUUUUAUUUGAUGUAGAACUGUCUUUGGACAUUACAGGGUUAAAUAGUCUCCAAUACUGUUGUCAGUGUUGUUGGAUGCUUUGAACUGGAAACAGCAGCAAGCAGCGGUUUCAUAAAAGCGCAACGAAGCCGGAAGCUGGACGUGACUUCUGCAUUUUUCAAAAUGCAUCUUGUAGACGCACGAAAGGUAGAGUGCAAUAAAUAUAUCUGGAUGGCUUAUGACGCGUCUCACAACUUGGUUGUGCAGCCGCGAAAUGUACACGUGCCAUUAACAUUUUACAUAGGCUAAGGAGGAGGAGAGAAAGAGAAGGCACGGAUGUUAACCAGAAAUGCGUCUGGUUGAGGAAUGAAGAGCCACUCGACGAUAGCACGUUCGUGCUGUUGCGUAGUUUGGUCGCACACUUUAGGACUUCCUGGAAACUGUUGCGCAUAUUUUACUUCUAGAAUUGAGAUCUCCUUUUGUCGUGGAGCUAAAGCCGUGUGCCUGUACAGACGUUCUUUUGCGAGUCGCCGCUAAGACGUUAUGAUACUGUUCACUUCCCUGACAGCGUUAUUUCAGACGUGCGUGUUAGACGAUAUACUUCCUACUCCCGGCAGCUGUCAUCUAUGAAUUGUAUAAACGAUCAAAUCGAUAUUUUUCCUGGCGAUUUCCCUUGCGUGUGUUCUUUGACACGCCCAGCGGACGGCAUUGUCUCGUGUAAGAGCGUUUAUCAGCUUCGAAAUAAAUUUGCUGUUAACGUGU